AGUCUGCAAUUGCAAAAGUUGACAGUAUUAAUGUUUAAUAAUAAUGGUAUAGACACUGCUUGGAUAAUUUAUUAACCAUUGCUUUGCCAAACAUUCCAUGGAUUGCUUCACAGGUAUUAAACAGUUACACAUUUUGAGAAGUAUAAUAAAGAUACCAGAAUAAAUAAAGAUGCCAGAAUAAAGUUUAGGUAUGUUAAUAACGUUGGCCAAGUUAAAGGGGCUCUGAAACUUUAAACUAGUUAUGGAAAAAAGCAAGAAUGAUUAUGUUAAGUCUGCAAUGUUAGAAAAGAAGGAUUUAAUAGGUUGUAACAGCAAAUAAUGCAGCGCUAUCUAUAAUAAAGUUCUCUUAUCAGUUUGAAUUGUUCAUACUGAGGAAGGUCCAUAAAAAAAGAAUGUCUCAAUAGCUUACAUCUUUGUCUUCAUUGCUCCACAUCAGUGAAUCUUUGCCCCUGCAUUCAUCUUUUUUCUUCUCUGCUGACUCAGAGAAGAGCUCACCUGCCUUCCUUCUCACAUUGGGAGGAUCCUUGCUAGAAGAAAACCUAAAUCCUUUUGUAAUACGUUCAUCCUUUCGUUUUUCACUCACCUUAUUUUUUUUCUGCUUUUUAAAUAUACUGAGGCUGUAGUGCCCCUUCUGACUUCCUGCUUCCUUCCUUUCAUAUCUAUACUCUAGAAAACUUGACUUCAUGUCUUGCUUCCAUAUUCUCUGCAUCAAUUUCUUUCAUCUAAUGCAUAGUAUUACUUCCACUACCAAAAAAAAAAAAACUUACUAGUCAGUGCUAGUGACCAUCACAGACAAAUAACAUGCAUUUCCUUAAUUUUCAUUUUGUUUUAACCAUUCUGCUGCACUUGUCACAGUUGACUAGACCCACUUUCUUGUUAUUCUUUCUACUUUGGUGUUCCUAACACUUUUUAUUCCAUCUUACUGAACAUUCUUUUUUAAUGAAGACUCUUCCAAGGAUUGGCUCCAAGUGCUGUCCUUGGCCCCUGCCGAGGACCUUAUACAUACUCCUUGGAGAGCUCAUUCACUCUCUGAGGUUCAAAUUAACCUCCUGCUAAAGUUUCCAAGUCUGCAUUCCAGCUCUGACCUUCCUCUGUUUUUGUUUUUCAGUCCUAGUCAGUUGGUUUUGGAACAUUCCAUUUAAAGAUGCUGCCAUCAGUUUGAUAUUUUAACGUGUUAUAUUAAUACACAUCUUUUCAAACAUGCUGGUGCUGCCUCUCAGCUUCCUCAUUUCUGUCAGUGUUACCAUCUUCUGACCCUUAGGUUUACAGUCUUAAAGUUGUCUUAACCAAUCUCUCUAUCCCGCAUAUUUAUUAAGAAAUAAGAUCAGUCCUUUCUCCAGGGUGUUGAACCUUCAUAUUCACAAAAGUUCAUUCUUAUCACUUCUCUCCAGGAUUAAACAGCCUUCUAAUCUCUAACUGUUCCACUUUAAGUGUCUAAGACAGAGGUCAGUAAACUAUAGCACGUAGUCUUAAGUCUGGCAUUACACCUGUUUUUGUUGGCCCCAUGGGCUAAGAAUGGCUUUUAUAUUUUUAAUAUGAAUAUUAAAAUUAAUAUUUUGUGACGUUUCUGUAUUAAUAAAUAAAGUUUUAUUGGAACACAGCCAUACUUAUAUUUAUGUAUCAUCAAUGGCCCCUUUGUGCUACAAUGGGAAAGUCAAAUGGUUGUGUCAAAAACCACAUGGCCGGCAAAACCUAAGUUUCUUUAGUCCUUUCCAGAGAAAGGUUUGCUGAUCCCUGACCUAGUUUCCUUAACUUGGUUUUCAAAGCCCACUGUCAGCUCUCUGUACUUUGUAUAUAAGCCCUUUUGCUCUGACCUCUCACGUGUACCCUGUUAAUGCUGUAAUGUUUGAUUUUUUUCCUCUCACCUUCUGUUCUUACCAUGGUACCAGUUCAUUCUAUACCUUGCCCAAGUGUCAGUUGGAGACUUUUCUUUGAUAAGACCCCUUUCUCACGUGAUUUCAUUCUGUUGAUCUUUCUAUAAUUUUGAACUAACUCAAGAUAUUUCUAUUCUGUACUAUAUUUUUAGCCACUUGUGUAUAUUUUGCUUUGUUCUUUAGACUUUAGUUCUCACAUGCACUGUAAGCUCCUUGUGUAUAGGGACUUUAUCUUCCUUUCUCUUGAGUACUUGGAGGUGGCAAUCCAUUUUGGUGACUCAUCCUUUAGCAUGGCCUUAUAUAGACAGAAUUUUUAGAAACACUUGUUUUUAUAUAUAUAACUUGCUCAUCUUCCCUAAUGAAGAUAUAUGUAGCUAAUGAUAUUAGCAUUUUAAAUUGGUAUCUGGUUAGUAAAUGUAAUUGUGAAAUGUUCCUGUAAUACCUGCCAACCCGUUUCCUUAUCUUUUUAUUCAGGGUCUUAGAGGUUAUGUGGGAGACUCUAGCAGGACCCAGGAAAACUAAAUCAGAAAUGAUGUCCAUAGAUACCCCCAAAGAGUCAUUUGAAUGCCCGCGGUGCCACACUGCACUGUACCAGGUUUUUAUAGACAGAGUGAUUCAAGAAAACACGUAUUUGUUGCCCUGAAUGUAGCAUUCUAAAAUGGAUGAAGUUAGGUAAUACCCAAAGUUGAAAAGCAGAAAGAAACUGAGGGACAGAAUUGUAGAGUAGGUUAGUAUCAUGAUAUUUUAUGUCAACACAAAUAUGAAUAUAUAUUUAGCACAUUAAAAACAAGCAGAGUUGGGAAUUCCCUGGUGGUCCAGUGGUUAGGACUCCGAGCCUCCACUGCAGGGGGCACAGGUUCCAUCCCUGGUUGCGGAACUAAGAUCUUAUAUGUAGCACAGUCAAAUAAAUAAAUAAACAAAAUUAAAAAUGAGUAAAGUUGAACAGUAUUGUUAGUCUAAAGCCAGGUCAUGAUAGCAAGUAGUUACCAAUACUGUUUUCUCAAUUACCUUUCUAAUUUGCAUCAUAAAAGGUUUUGUACUGAUAAAAGGCAUCUUUGUAGACUUGAAAUAAUUUCUUACAAAUCUGGUAUUGAUUUUAGAGGGGAAGCUCCCCAAAUUCUAUUUCAAGCCAUUGCCUGUUUUUUUCCCCAAAAUGAGGACAUCAGCAUGGAUGUUCAAGAUAGGAACACAAAAUGUUUCAGGAAUCCAGCUGUUAUGUGUGGAGGACUGACUAUGUGCCAGCACUCUGUUGGUGCCUUUAUUAUAAAUAAUCUUCACAAAAACACUCCAAGUGGGCAGAGAGGAGGUAGAUAGCCCCAGAAAACACUGAGGCCCAAGUUCAAAUAGCCCUUAAGUGGUACCACAUGAUGAGAACCCUAUUUUUUAUUUUAUUUACUUAUUUAUUACUCCGAUCUCAGUGCUGUUUUGGGAAGAUGACCUAAGAAAGACCAUUUAAAGGGACAGAAGGGCUUGAGGCAGGUACAAGGCCAGCAGGGGAGAAGGCCUCCUGAAAGAAAGAGUAUCUGGGGCAAGAGUGUAGCAGUUGUGUUUGAUUGAUCCCAGGAAGGAUAGCUACCCAGAGUCCCAACCUGAUGCACCUUCUUUUUAAAAAAAAUUUUUUUAAAGUGAGGUUUAUCUGAUGUACAAUAUUAUAGGUUACAAGUAUAUAAUACAGUGGUACACAGUUUUUAAAAGUUGUACUUCAUUUAUAGUUGUUAUAAAAACUUUAGCUACGUUCCCUGUAAAGUAUAUUCUUGUAGCUGUGUUCUUCUGUAAAGUAUAUUCUUAGGCUUCUCAGGUCCCGCAGCGGUAAAGAAGCUGCCUACCAAUGUAGGAGACUCGGAUUUGAUCCCUGGGUCAGGAAGAUCCCCUGGAGUAGGAAAUGGCAGCCUAGUCCAGUAUUUUUGCCUGGAAAAUUCCAUGGACAGUGGAGCCUGGCAUAGUCCAUGGAGUUUCAAAGAGUUGGACAUGACCGAGUAUGCACAUACACACAUAUCCUUAUAGCUUAUUUUAUACAUUACUGAUUUAUUAAAUUUGGGGGUAUAUUCCCUGGUGGUCCAGUGAUUAUGACUCUGUGUGCUGUCACGGCCCAGGGCCUGGGUUCAAUCCCUGGUUGGGGAACUAAAAUCCCACAAGCCGAGUGGUGCUGCCAAAAAAAUUUUUUAACUGAAUUAUAGUUGAUGUAAAAUAUUACAUAAGUGGCAGGUCUUAAUUUCUUACUGUACAAAUCCUAAACCCAAGUGAGCGAUCAUUUAUAUAUUAUCAUUUACAUAACUUUCUUUUUCUUACAGCAUCCACGUUUCAGGUUAAACUCUUUGCAUGAUGUUGGUUUUAAAAAAGUUAAAACCCCACAGGAGCGUGUAGGCCCUUAUUUAAGAAGGAAAAGGAUAUAUUAAUGAUUCAUUCAUAAUUGACUUGGGAAUUGCUUAGUGCUUUCCUUUAACCUUUAGUUUUAAUUUGGCUUUAACCUUUAGUUUUUUAGGUUUAGCUCUGCUUUCCAGUGACUCUAAUGACAGAGAAGCAGUAAAUGGAUUUGAGUUAACGUUAUUUCAAGAAGUGAAUAUCUAGCAUAGAAAAGCAUUUCUUCGAUAUAAAGGGUAGAAAGAGCAAAUUAAAGACUAUUCUUUAAUAACCAAAUGUAAUUAAAAUGCAUUGUCAGAUUUACAUUUUAGUACCUCAGAGGCAUUGAUAUUGCCUGUUUCUGAAAUGAGAUUGCUGAUUCAAAAAAAAACAAAAAAAAAACACCCCAAAUUUCUGUAUGUGGGAAAUUCUCCUAACCUCCUCCUCUCCUUUUAAUUGUGGUGUUAUGAUAUAAUUUACAGGGUAAGAUAGAAAUGUAUCUCUUGAGGAAAUUGUAAACAUAAGAUUUUGUCACUUAGGGAGCUUCGGGCAGAAAGAUUCUUUUUUUCUAUAAUCAAGUGUCAUUUAGAAAAUGACAAUAUGAAGUUCCUUGGAGUGUUCUCAGUGGUACAAACCCUCCCACACUUUUUUUCUUCUUUUUUUCCUGGAGUAGUUUAGUCGUUUAACUACAGUGAUUCAGAGGAGAGGCAGUUUGGUUUAUCAUUGAUAUUCUGAUCUCUCUUUUUGGGGACUGGUUGUGUGGGCAGAGUGGCAGCAUGGAGCUACUUAGAAACUCCCGUUCAGCUCUGCUGCUCCCUUAAGCAGCAUGAGAAGUGGAGAUGAGGGGCCCUGGAGGUGAUUUUUCUGGGCUUCCAGCUGGAGCAUUCAGAACAGUUAGCUUCUAUUGCAGAGGCUGGAGGCCCAGGUGUACAAAGUGUGAGAGUAGGGGUCUCUGCAGCCCUGGUUAGGGAAGCUCAGUUCUCCCAUCCAGGUUUUCCUUUCAUUUCCCUGCCCAUCCCCAAAGCAUUAAUGAUAUAAUAGUGUGAGGUUGGCAGCGUCUUGGGGGCUGCAUUGAUUGGCCUCCUCCUCAUUUAGGAGUCUUACUCUGAAUGCAUCUGUAUGCAAAUUAUAGAGACCGUAGAAUCAUCAUUCUUUAUGUCAACAAAAAGUGGUAUCAGUUUAAGAAAAAAAUCACACGCACACUAGAUUGAAAGUAGCAAUAACUGGUUUCUGCUGUCUUCCCCUGACCUUGAAAAAGAUAUAUAAGUUCUCUGCAUAUCUCUUCUCUGGCCCUGGGUUAAUAUGUGUUUCCUAGAGCUGUUGUGUGAAUGAGAUUAACCUACGUGAAGUGUUCUGAACUCCUUAAGGAAUGAUGUCAAAGCAAUAAAAUGCAAUACUGUUAUUACAGCCAAGAUAGAGAGGCGGAGAAGACAGAUCUACAUUUUCUUCCUUAAUCUUCUAAUCUUUCCAGAUGCCCGUGGGUCGUUUAGAGUCCCCUCUCUGUUCCUUAGUUUUGGAGUGGUGGGGGGUUUCAUGCCUUCCACCCUCUGAAACCAAGUUCCUUGGGAAGGCCUUCGUGGGCCCACCCUAUGUGGAAGGGGUGAGGGUGACCCCCCAGUGUGUGGGACUAGGGCAGCCCAGGAUCUGCACAGAGAAGGUCCUCUCCACUCUGCAGGACGAGAAGAGGCAACCAUGGACUGUGUGCGCCUUCACGGCUAGCCCACUGCUCCUUCAGAGAACCUAACACCGGGUGCCCAGGCUCCUCUGACCACCCUCCAUGAGGAAGGAAAGUGAAUCCAGAGAGGCCAGAGCUUCCUGCGGUCCGGUCGGCUGGGGACACUUUUGGAGCAGUCCAGGAGCGUGAGCACCGCCCUUCCCGCCUCGACAACCAUGUCCUUCAGCGCCACCAUUCUCUUCUCCCCUCCCAGUGGCAGCGAGGCCAGAUGCUGCUGCUGUGCGUGUAAGAACGAGACAAGUGGGGCCAGCUCAGGCUGUCAGGGCGGGAAUCCUCCUCCCAGCACCCCGAUCACGGUGACGGGACACGGCCUGGCCGUCCAGAGCUCCGAGCAGCUCCUGCAUAUUAUCUACCAGCGGGUGGAUAAGGCCGUGGGUCUGGCUGAGGCGGCGCUGAGUCUCGCCAGGGCCAACAACGAAUUGUUAAAACGACUCCAGGAGGAAGUGGGUGAGCUGAGGCAAGGGAAGGUGCCCGCCGCGGAUGAAGACAGGGAGAGUCGGGCACACGGAUCCCCGCUGGAGGAGCCCGGGCCCCUCAAGGAGAGCCCAGGGGAGGCCGGCAGGGCCGUGCCUCCGGCUGUGGAGGAGGAGUGUGACAGUGUGGGCAGUGGUGUGCAGGUGGUGAUCGAGGAGCUGCGGCAGCUGGGAGCGGCCUCGGCUGGGGGGCCCGGACCCUUGGGCUUCCCGGCAGCUCAGAGAGAUGUGCGGCUCCCGGGAUGUGCCCUGACUGCUGGCGAGGGGCCCCCGAUGCUCAACCCCCUGGUGGACGAUUAUGUGGCCUCUGAAGGUGCAGUGCAGCGGGUGCUGGUGCCUGCUUAUGCCAAGCAGCUUUCACCAGUCACACAACUGGCAAUCCAGCGGGCAACCUCAGAGACCGGGCCAGAAAAUGGAACCAAGCUACUGCCACCCCGCCCUGAGGACAUGCUCAGUGCUGCUGCCGCCCUGGAAGGGCCUUCGGAAGAGUCAGGCCCUGGGGGAACUGGGGAGCUGAGACAGUCUCUAGGGUUCACUGCUUCCCCAUGCAGGACCAGAGGGAAUGGGCAGAAGAACUCCAGACGCAAGCGGGAUCUGGUCCUCUCUAAAUUGGUCCAUAAUGUGCAUAACCAUAUCACCAAUGACAAGAGAUUCAAUGGGUCUGAAAGCAUCAAGUCCUCUUGGAAUAUUUCCGUAGUGAAGUUCCUUCUGGAAAAGCUCAAGCAAGAGCUGGUAACAAGUCCCCACAAUUACACUGACAAGGAGCUGAAAGGAGCCUGUGUAGCCUACUUCCUUACUAAGAGGCGUGAGUACCGCAACUCCUUAAACCCCUUUAAAGGCCUGAAGGAGAAAGAGGAGAAGAAACUUCGAAGUCGCAGAUACCGGCUUUUUGCCAACCGAUCCAGCAUCAUGAGGCAUUUUGGCCCUGAGGACCAACGUCUGUGGAAGGAUGUGACAGAAGAGCUGAUGUCAGAUGAAGAGGACAGUCUUAAUGAGCCAGGUGUCUGGGUGGCCCGGCCUCCCCGUUUCCGGGCCCAGCGCCUCACGCAGCUCUGCUACCACCUGGAUGCCAACUCUAAGCACGGCACCAAAGCCAACCGUGUAUAUGGGCCUCCCUCAGACCGUCUGCCUUCUGCUGAGGCCCAGCUUCUUCCACCGGAACUUUAUAAUCCUAAUUUCCAAGAAGAGGAGGAUGAGGGAGGUGAUGAGAAUGGCCCUGUCUCCCCAUCUUUUGACCAAGCCCACAAAACCUGCUGUCCUGACUUGAACUCAUUCAUUGAAAUCAAGGUGGAAAAGGAUGAGUGAGAUCUAAAAGCAAGAAUAACUCUGGCAUCUGCCACUCCCCAUGUCCCUGAAAGGGGUGGCCACAGGGCUUCCCAAAAUAAUAAGAUGUCUUCUGCAGUCAGAGGAAGCAAACCCGCCUCUCUUAACACAGUCUCCGCUGGAAGUAGAAGCUAGCAGCUCUGGUGGGAUAAAAGGACUUAUUUUCAUGGGGGAAAAACACCCCCCCACUGUGAAUGGCAAGCCAGAAAAUGCUUAUUCCUAAGCAUAAACAGUGCCUCUGAAGAGCCUAGGAUGAGAAAAGGAGGAGUAUGGGUCAAAGAAACAGGCCUUCUUGACAUGUG